AGUGAAUACGCCUUGAAGACUGUAAUUCAAAUGGCAGGAGGCAGAUUAAACAGCAAACGGAUUCUCUAUUCGCAAGUCAGACAGCAGGACGGUGCGCUGCGCCUAAACGUGACUGUCUUUUCAGGCUUAACUCUCUAAUUUACAACACAAUGGUGGAAAUGAGCCAGACUGUGAGAAACUCUCAAAAGGCCGAGAACGCCUCGAAAAUCGGCCCAGACAGAGAGAAGGGACGGGGAAAUGGUUCAACACAAUGCGACUUUGAGCCUUAUGAGCACCGAGCCGUGCAUCUACCAACAAACAACUUGGACACACUGCUCCACGUCAUCAAAGGCAUCAUGGGAAGCGGGAUCUUAGCAAUGCCGGAUGCCUUCAAAAACUCUGGUUACGCAUUGGGAACAGCGGCAACGAUUUUUAUCGGCAUUGUGCAGUCUUACUGUGUCCAUCAACUGGUCCGGACCGCAUACGAAUUGAGCAAGCGAAAACAGGUUGCGAGCAUGACCUACCCUGAGACUGCUAGGGAGGCAAUGUUGGCAGGACCGACAUGGAUGAAAAAAUUAGCUCCAUAUGCUGGCACCGUUGUGAAUGUUUUCAUCUUCUCUUUCCAACUGGGUACGUGCUGCGUGUAUUUCGUCUUCAUAUCUUCGAAUUUAAAACGGGUGUGCGAUAUCUACUUCGACCCGAUAGACGUUCGGAUCUACAUGUGCUUCAUCCUUGUGCCAAUAAUCCUGGCCAAUUUAGUUCGCAACCUGAAGUACCUCACACCCUUCUCGGGCAUUUCCAACGUGACCAUCGUCUCAUCGCUGGGCAUCACCCUUUACUACGUCUUUAGAGAUGGACUGGGGCCUAUUUCAGAGAAAGCCGCGGUUGGAGAAGCUAGGGGCUUCCCUCUAUUUUUCGGAACAGUCUUGUUCGCCCUAACUUGCAUUGGAAUGAUCAUGCCGCUGGAAAACAACAUGAAGAGGCCGAAAAAGUUUGGAGGCACGUUCGGAGUAUUCAACGCUGCUAUGGUCAUUAUUAUAUUCCUCUACGUCACGAUUGGUUUGCUUGGAUAUUUGAAAUAUGGAUCUGGUGUGAUGGGCUCGAUCACCUUGAACCUGCCCGAAGAAGAAAAGUUAGCUCAAGCAGUCCAAAUAAUGAUUGCGAUUGGCGUGUUCCUGUCAUACCCGCUGCAGUGCUACGUCGCCAUCGACAUUGUAUGGACACAGACGCUUAAGCCGAAGCUCAUGGAAAAGAAGUAUAAAGUUUUGCUUCCUUUUGAACUUGGGGUACGCGUUGCGCUGGUAGUGAUUCCAUUCGCCCUUGCGGUGGCCAUCCCGAAAUUGGGGCUGUUCAUCUCCCUUGUGGGUGCGCUGACGCUGAGCAUUGUGGCAAUCUCUCUACCACCAUUCAUGGAAAUCGGCACAUUUGAGCACCAACGAAGAGGAUGGAGACUGAUCAAAAAUAUUGCACUCAUCAUAUUUGGUCUCUUGGGUUUGGUCACAGGAACGUAUGUCAGUAUCGAGGAUAUUGUUAAAUCGUUUUCCACGUGAUUACUUAGGUUUUAAAUAUUACUUAAGCAACUUCAAACUAACUUAAUCGAGAUUUGAUAAUUUCCAAGCUAUUAUUGUAUAUAAUAAGAUAACACAACAAGAUUGCAUAUAUUAUGAAUCUGACAGAGUUGCAGAUUUUAUUGAAGUUAACUGUAUUUUGAUUUAUGCAAAGUUUACAUACCGUUGCAAACAAAUAAAAUAAUUAUAUACCAGUA